GCACUGCAGAAGGUCAGAAGAGGAGAAGAAGAAGAGGAUAGAGGCAAGGCAGGGGUGGGGUGUGUGUGUGUGGAUGUACAGGAAUAUGCCGAGGGGAGAGCGAUGACAACCAUGCUGAGCCCAAAGAUCAGACAGACCAGGAGAGCCAGGUCGAAGAGCAUGGUGAUGGGCGAGGUGUCGCGAGGCUCAUGCAGGCCAGCCUCCCCCAGCCUCCAGGAGGGGGCGCUGAAGGCCGGAUGGCUGAAAAAGCAACGCAGCAUCAUGAAGAACUGGCAGCUACGCUGGUUUGUGCUGCGCUCAGAUCAGCUCUACUUCUACAAAGAUGAAGAAGAAACCAAACCACAGGGCUUUAUACCCCUACAGGGAUGUCAGGUCAAUGAGCUCACAGCCAACCCAGACGAACCAGGCAGGCACCUCUUUGAGAUUGUACCAGGUGGAACGGGAGAGAAGGACCGUGCCCCGAUUAGCCAUGAAUCCUUCCUGCUCAUGGCAAGCUCGCAGACCGACAUGGACGACUGGGUCAAGGCCAUACGGCGGGUCAUCUGGGCGCCAUUUGGCGGAGGAAUUUUUGGCCAACGUCUGGAGGACACAGUGCAGUUUGAGAGGAAGUUUGGACCCCGGCUGGCACCACUGUUGGUAGAACAGUGUGUGGACUUCAUCAGAGAGAGGGGCCUGGAUGAGGAGGGUCUCUUUCGGAUGCCCGGACAGGCCAAUCUGGUCAAAGAUCUUCAAGAGGCCUUUGACUGCGGAGACAAGCCUUUGUUUGACAGUAACACAGACGUCCACACGGUGGCAUCCUUGCUGAAGUUGUACCUGAGAGAACUGCCUGAACCAGUCAUUCCUUUCUCCAAAUAUGAGGACUUUCUAACCUGUGCACAGCUUUUGGCCAAAGACGAGGAGGAGGGGAUCCAGGAGCUUGGGAAACAAGUUAACACUCUACCUCUGCCAAACUACAAUCUCCUCAAGUACAUAUGCAAGUUUCUUGAUGAGGUUCAAUCCCACUGCAAUGAGAACAAGAUGAGCGUUCAGAACCUGGCCACAGUAUUUGGACCAAAUAUCCUUCGAACCAAGAUGGAGGACCCAGUUACUCUCAUGGAAGGAACGUCUCUGGUCCAGCACCUAAUGACAGUCCUCAUUAGGGAACACCAGCGAUUAUACUCAGGGAGGGAGCACGAAGGACCUGGUUUGCCCCUAAUGGAGUUACCUGCCCAGGGGCAUCAGCUCCAACACCGCAGCCUGGGAGCAUGGAUAUCUGAGGAGGAUCUACAGAGCGGUCCAGGUUCCAACACUGAACAAGAACUCCACAGCAGUGCCUCAUCUCUGGACACCAAACUGUCUGUGGGCAUCACCCCUAACCCAAACCCUGGACCAAAAAUGGCACCUUCAACGGGGAAAGGAGAGCCUGUUGUCAGUCCAAGUAAACAAGCCAAGACCAUGCCUUCCUGGAAAUACUCUUUCAAAAGUUCUUCAACUCCCCGUUGCCAGCCACAGGCUAAGCAAGUUACCACAUGUGCCACAGUGGCAGAUACAAGUGCUCCUUCCGGUGGCGGAGGUAACUGGCUCAUGAAUGGUCUGUCCUCCUUGAGAGGACACCGCCGCACUUCUUCAGGGGAGCGAUCCGCCAGAGAUCGUGACUCUACCGGGUCGUCCCAGAGACUGUCCACUUAUGACAAUGUCACGUCUUCCUCCAGCACGGGGAGUGUUCCCAGUGUCUCCAGCACACCGUGGUCGAGCUCCUCUUGCGAUAUCUCCAUUCCAGACUCCGGCGGAGAACCUCAGAUACAUCAGAAUUUUGGAGGUGGAGCGGAUAGCGACGAGAGGACGGAGUGGACAGAGGGCCAGAGGGAGACUGAGAGGGAAAAGGAAGCGGGGAGGGCAACGGAGCCAGGCGCGGAUCUGGACGGAUGUGAAGCCAUGGAGCUUUGCAGCAGCAGCGUGGCAUUCGGCGAAAGCGAAAACGUACCAGUGGUGGCAGGGGUGCCGUCCAUUAUUAUGACAGAAGACGGAGAUGGGACUACCCUGACCCUGAGCACUCUGGUGGAGGAACUGAAGGAGGAGUUGAGGAAACAGAGGACAACAUAUGAGACCAGGAUUCAAAAAUUGGAAGAGUCCAGCACAGCACUGUGUGCCCAGAUGGAGCGUUUAGAACAAGAGAUGGAGCAAGAGAAGAAGAAGCAGCGCAUGCUGGAGAUCAAACUGCGGAACUCUGAGCGGGCGCGGGAAGACGCAGAAAAUCGCAACCGUCUCCUGGAGAAGGAGAUGGAGGAUUUCUUCUCCACGCUGGGCAAUCUGGCCCUGGGCUCAAGGACAAGCGACAUUUGACUCAAUAUGGAUUUCCUGUUUUAGCAUUAGCCAUCAACUGACGUCUAUGGGGUCGAAGCAGCAGGAUGCUUCUUUGCGGAAAUAACUAACAGCAGAAGAAUAAAAGGAAGCAUACUGUUGCACAUUUCCAACAAGCUUGAAAUUGAUUAAAAGAAUGCUGAAGGACGUAAAUGUCGUCAUUGUUCUGUGAGACGGUCCUUAGGAGCAUUGACUCUUUGGCAAGUCUUCAUGCUUGAAACUGAACAUGAAGAUGGAGCUCCUACAGUUAGCAUUCCCUGUUCACUGAGGUUUCAUGUUUCUAAUGAAGGCAGUGUCAUAAACAUCUCAGGUGCCUGUUUCAUGACUGAAAAAUGGUAACAUAACUUCGCCAAAGCUUUGUACCGGAGAGCACUUCUUCAACCACUACUUUCCAUCGGCCUUAUACUAACACUGUAGAAUUGUAGGAAUCAUUUAUUAUUUAUUUAUAUUUACAGAAGUAAUAGUUUGAGAUUCGAUCAAAUCUGCUUUUUACCUUUUGCUUGAUUCUGUGAUUCUCAAACUUUUUAUAACUGUUACCAUCUCAGUAAAUAUCUUGUUUUGGGGGAAAACACCAUCUUGUCCAGAUAUUAUUUAUGUUGUCAUUUUUUUGGCAGUUAUUUUAUAACUGUCACAACAAAAUAUGGAGUUUUUCAGUUUCUCUAAAUGUCUCCAAGUAAGACAUCUGACAUGCUGCUAGCUUGCUACAGUGAGAAACGUAUUUUAUUUCUCACCAGCCCCAAUUUAGAAAUCCAACAUGGCUGCCUUCCAUGUGAAAUUGGUAGAUAAAAGAAAAAAGACUGUUUAUGGGAAUUUAUGAUAAUUUGUGCCAUUAAAUCUGUCAUAUACGACUGUACAACAUAUUUUAAGGGAACCUGAUGAUACAGUAUUUGAAUGCACAAAACAGAUCAACGUACAUUGUUAUUGGCUGGUAAAGCUAA